AUGGAGCCGACACCAGUAAAAGAGCAUAAUCACGCACCAAAUUUACGUCUUGAAGAAGAGAGAGCCUUCGUGAGACAAUUAUAUGAUCGUUGCGAAUCUCGGUUAGCAAAUACCCGUGAUAUAUACGAGAGUUUAAGGGCAACGUAUGCAGAUGCAAGUAGAACAAUAUCCUGGCGAAGUCAACAAACAAACAUGCGACGAAGGCAGCAAAAUUUUAUACAAAGCUUACCGAGGGUUCUUUCGUUAACCCAUUUGAAAUUGUGUCUUGAAAAUGAUGCCAGAUAUGACAAUUUAACACAUCACUCGCAUGGUUCUAUGCAAUUAAGAUUUCGUACUCAGAACGACUUAGGUACUGUUGCAGUUAUGGGUGAUUCAGAGUUGAUUAAUAAAUUUGAUCCUAAUUCUACAAUGUACAUCGGUACAACUAAUACUAUUUUACCCGCGGGAUUAGAUGCAAGAGAGACUUUAAUAAUCGUGCUUUUAAACAGGAAUCACGCUUUUGGUGUUUCGUGGGCAUUCAUGCCAGACAGGUCUGAAGUUAGUUUUAACGCCGCGUUGGACAUUGCAUGUUCCCAAAUCGCUCCUCUAAUGAAUCCAACUAGAAUUUAUUAUGACUAUGAGCAACGAUUGAAUGACUCAUUGACAGCAAACAUUCCCGGUGCAACUGUAAAAGGAACUUUCCUUGCUUAUGCUAACAAAAAAAACAUGAUAAAAAAAGUAAUUGUUGAUUGUGACGGUGGGUAUGAUGAUGCAGUGUCACUAGUCCUGUUAAUAGAUGCUCAUAAGAAAAAUAUAAUAGACUUGAAAGCUAUCACUUGCGUUGCGGAAUCUCAGGCUCUGAAAGCUGCAGAGGUGAGAUAUCACGGCCACGAUGGUUUUGGAGACGUAUUUACAGAUCAAGUAGAUAUUAGUAAGUUGGAAAAAGAGCAUGCGGUAAUUGCAAUGAGAAAAAUAAUUACUGAGAAUCCUGAUCAAGUUUCUGUAGUGUGUCUGGGACCGCUGACUAAUGUCGCGCUUGCUGUAAAAAUUUAUCCGGAGAUUUUGGAGUCGGUAAAAGAUUUUUUCAUUAUGGGAGGAAAUUCUGCAGGACAAGGAAAUACAACAGCACAAGCUGAAUUUAAUUUUUACGCUGAUCCAGAAAGUAUUUAUAUUUUAUUGCAAUGUAAUUCAAAGCCACUGUGGCUUUUUCCUUGGGAAACUUGUCUUAAAUCAACUAUUACAAUGGACUGGCGUGAAAACAAACUGGGAAAACUAAAAGAAAAUAAAAAAAUAAAAUUAAUAAGUACAGUUGAAGACGGAAUUUACAAAAAUAAAAUAAAACGAGAAAUUUAUCGGCCAUGUGACGCUUUCUGUGCAGCCGCGCUGAUAAAUCCUAAAAUAAUAACUCACUUCGAAAAUUGUCACGCUGACAUUGAACUGCAUGGAGUGAAAACUCGCGGCUUUGUCGCUAUUGACCACUUGAGAAAUAAUAAGCCGAAUAUUAACCUCGUCAGCGACCUAGACUUUCAAGAAUUUAAGUCUUUGAUGCUUGACAGUUUUCAGGAAUAA